AUUUUCUUAUUUCUGCCAAUUAUAUAUAUAUAUACGAUUUCAAUUGCAACAGAACUCAUCAAUAAAAUUAUUACAUAAUAAGUUCAUCCAAUAAUUCUAAUUAAUGGCACAUUAUGGGGAUAACAGAGGAGGGGCUAAUUGGACAAGUUCAGCCAAUUCGGUAUACGAAGAUAUUGAACCUUCCUUCGGCUGGAUAGAGGAUAUGGAAAACCAUUAUCUUCUUAUUGAUCUCCCUGGGUUCAAAAGGGAGGAGGUGAAGCUUCAAGUUGAUAAAUUUGGCAAUAUAACGGUAAGUGGAGAAAGGAAGGUAGGCGAAUAUAAAUUUAUUCGCUUUCAAAAAUCAACGAAAGCACCUGAAAAGUCGAAAAUUGAGGAUACCAGUGCGAGGCUUGAUGAUGGGAUUCUGUAUGUGAUCAUACCAAAAGAAUUACCAGAAAACAAUGAACGCGACGAGGCAGCAAUUGCUAGCUCUGGUCAUGAAGAGAAUCAACAAGAGGAAAUAGAAAGUUCGAAAGGUCAUGAUACAGAGCAAAAAGAAAAUGAUAAAGAGGGAUUGAGUGAGGACGAAGAAUUUCACGAUGCAAAAAUGGCGAAGAAAUGGCACGAGGUUUAUCUAGUGGCAGCAGGAAAAGAAAUUCUGAGGAAGAACAAAACAAUUGUAAUUACAGCAUUGCUAGCAUUUUCUUUCGGGGUUUUCGUUUCUCAGAAAUAUCAGUCAAGUAAAAUCGAUUAAGCUUCAUGACAAGUAUUUCAACCAUUAUCAUGUGACCAAUAAUUCAAUUACUUAUGUACAUAACAUAUUCAACGUGCAAUGAACAUCAAGUGAACCUACAAAAUAAGUUUGUUGUUCAAAACCAUCAUUUCGUUAUAAGAAAAUUGCAUUUCGAAAAUGUAGUGCACUUUACAAAAGUAAGCAGAAAUAUUGGCAUAACAACUUUAUAGGACAAAGCAACAAAUAUCCAAUUCAA